UGUCAUAAACGCAGUCAAGCAGCUGUAUCGUACGUGUUUUGUGUGAAAAAAAUCGCGAAAAUGUACAAAUACAGCCAUUGUUUUUGUAAAUAUUAAAUGUGAAACCAUAUAGCAGCAUGUCGAGCCGCCGUUCGAUGCUCGGUUCGGCGUUAGAUGCUCUUCCGGCGCCCACGGAUCCCUUAAGGGAAUUGUUCGAAGCUUGCAAAAUAGGCGAUGCAGCCCGUGUAAAAAAACUAGUUACACCACAAACGGUGAAUGCAAGGGACACGGCUGGACGUAAAUCAACGCCCCUACAUUUCGCUGCAGGUUACGGACGCAGGGAAAUAGUGGAGAUACUCAUCGCUGCCGGAGCCGCUCUUCAGGCGAGAGACGAUGGCGGGCUGCAGCCGUUACAUAACGCAUGCUCGUUCGGUCACGCUGACGUCGUCAGGGCCCUGCUUACAGCUGGAGCUCCACCGGCCGCCAGAGACAACUGGGGGUACACGCCCCUCCACGAGGCGGCUGCAAAAGGAAAAGUCGACGUUUGCAUAGCUCUCCUCCAGCACGGCGCCGAUCCGAACAUCAGGAACACCGAGGGUAAGACGCCCCUCGAUCUGGCGGACUCUUCCACCAGGCCCGUGCUGACAGGCGAGCACUGUGCGGCGGAGGUCUUGGAAGCGGCCCGAUCCGGCUCCGAGGAUCGGCUGGCGGCCCUGUUGACGCCUCUGAACGUGAACGUGCACGCUGGGGACGGGCGCCGCUCGACGCCGCUGCACCUCGCCGCCGGGUACAACCGCGCGCGGGCGCUGCGCCUGCUGCUGCAGCGGGGCGCCGACGUGCACGCCAAGGACAAGGGAGGCCUGGUCCCCCUGCACAACGCGUGCUCGUAUGGUCACUACGAGGUCACGGAGCUGCUGGUGGGGGCGGGGGCCGAUGUCAACGCCACCGAUCUGUGGGCCUUCACGCCCCUGCACGAGGCCGCCAGCAAAGCCAGGCUCGAGGUCUGCUCUUUGUUGCUGAGCGAGGGGGCGGACCCAACCCUGCUCAACUGCCACGGGAAGUCGGCGUUAGACGUCGCGCCCACCAGAGAACUCCAAGACAGACUGGCCUUCGAGUAUCGCGGACAUUGUCUCCUGGAAGCCUGCAGGCUCGCGGAACCAACGAGGGUCAAGAAGCAGUUGUCUUCCACAGCGAUCCAGCAUCAGUACCAAAGCACGUCCGCAUCGACGACAGAGAGCACGCAGUCGCUGCCAGGAGAUUGCACCAUGGAGGCCCUGGUCAACUUCCAACACCUGACCACAGGAGAUCGGCCUCUACACUGCGCAGCCGCCAGCGUCUACCCGAAGAGGAAACAGGUGAUGGAAAUGCUGAUCAGGAAGGGUGCCCGUGUCAAUGAGAAGAACAAAGAUGGCCAGACUCCACUUCAUGUCGCCACGGAACAUUCACAUUUGGAUGCCAUGGAUCUCCUAUUAAGACACGGUGCUAAGGUGAACGCUUGCGACGGACGCGGCGAGAGCGCGCUGUGCGUGGCGGCGCGGCGGGACGCGGCGGCGGCGUGUCGCCUGCUGCUGGCGUGCGGCGCCGACGCUAGAACCGACGCCGGACCCGCGCCCGACGAUGCUUGCACUAACGCGGCGGCAGUCCGGCUGCUAGAAGCUGCCCGCACUGGUGACGUGGAGACAGCUCGAGCGAUCCUCGACUCGCGACCGAGACUCGUCAACUGCAGAGAUGUCGACGGGCGGCAUUCGACGCCCCUGCAUUUCGCUGCCGGGUACAAUCGACUUCCAUUGGCUCAGUUACUACUCCAGCGUGGAGCUGAUGUACACGCGAAAGAUAAGGGAGGUCUGGUCCCGCUUCACAACGCGUGCUCCUACGGCCAUUACGAGGUCACCGAGCUCCUCGUGUCUGCCGGAGCCGGUGUGAACGCCGCGGACCUCUGGAGGUUCUCACCCUUGCACGAGGCAGCGGCUAAAGGCAAGGCGGAUAUCGUGAGAUUGCUGCUCAAGCAUGGGGCGGAUCCCACUCGGAGGAACAGGGACGGACUCACGCCGCUGCAACUGGUGCGAGCAGGAGACAGCGACACGGCUGACGCGCUGCGGGGUGAUGCUGCGCUACUGGACGCUGCCAAGAGAGGGGACCUCGCUCGAGCCAGGAAACUGAUAACUCCUCAAAACGUGAACUGCCGGGACGCGCACGGACGUAACUCCACGCCCUUGCAUUUGGCUGCCGGGUAUAACAACCUGGAGGUGGCCGAGGCUCUGCUGGAGGCGGGCGCGCUGGUGUCGGCGCGCGACAAGGGCGGGCUGGUGCCGCUGCACAAUGCGGCCUCGUACGGGCACCUCGAGCUGGCGGCGCUGCUGCUGCGCGCGGGCACGCCGCCCAACGCCGCCGACCGCUGGGGCUUCACGCCCCUGCACGAGGCCGCGCACAAGGCCAGGACCCAGCUCUGCGCGCUGCUCCUGGCCCACGGAGCGGACCCGUUCCUCAAGAACCAGGAGGGGCAGACGGCUCUUGAACUGUCCGGGGCCGAGGACGUGAGGUCGCUGCUGCAGGACGCGAUGACGUCAUCGGCCGGUGACGUGACGUCAUCGUCCGCGCCCGUCCCUCCGCCGGCCCCGCUGCCGCCCCCCUCGCACCCCGUGCUCAUGCCGAGCGGGGACACGGUGCAGUUGGCGUUGCCGGUCCUGCCCAGCAACUACUGGGCGGAGGGGUCCAGGGGCAGCUUGGAAGACGCAGCCGGGAGGCCGGCGUCGGCCCUCUCCACCUCGGAGUCCCUGCAGACAUUCCUGGCGAGCGUCGGACUGGAGCAGCUGGGGCCGCUGCUGGAGCGAGAGCAGAUAACGGUGGACAUCCUGUGCGAGAUGUCGCACGAGGAUCUGCGCGCGGUCGGCGUUGCGGCCUACGGACAUCGGCAUCGGUUGCUAAAGGCGGCCCGGCGCACCGCCCACGCCGCCAACGAAUGGUACGGCGGCACGACCCUCGUAGAGGUGACCCCGAGCGGCGAGGGGGGCGAGUACGCGGUGCUCGAGAGGGAGAUGCAGGCCUCCGUGCGCGCGCACCGGGAGCACGCCGGGGGCCACUUCACGCACUACAACGUCGUCAAGAUCCAGAAGAUCGUGAACGGUCGGGUCUGGGAGCGGUACCAGCACCGGCGGCGCGAGGUCGCAGAGGAGGCCGGCGGCGACAACGAGCGCAUGCUCUUCCACGGCUCGCCCUUCAUCAACGCCAUCGUGCAGAAGGGCUUCGACGAGAGGCACGCCUACAUCGGGGGCAUGUUCGGCGCCGGGAUAUACUUCGCGGAGCACUCCUCGAAGAGCAACCAGUACGUGUACGGGUUCGGCGGUGGCUCGGGCUGCCCCGCGCACAAGGAUCGGAGCUGCUACCUCUGCCACAGACAGAUGCUGCUGUGCCGCGUGACCCUGGGCCGCGGGUUCCAGCUGCUGAGCGCGAUGAAGAUGGCGCACGCGCCGCCCGGGCACCACUCGGUGGCGGGCCGACCCUCGCAGGGGGGGCUCUGCUUCCCGGAGUACGUGGUCUACAGGGGGGAGCAGGCCUACCCCGAGUACCUGAUCACGUAUCAGAUCGUGAGCAGCGAGAGCGGCCCGGGCGAGGUGUGAACCCGGGACUCGUGGCGCUAGGCCUCGCUCUGACUUGUAUCGGAGCGUCUUCUAAGCACCGGGAGAGUUCUAAGUGUGGUGCCGCAGAAACUUGAGAACGAUUCUGUGAUUCAUAAGUAACGAA